AUGUCUUCAGGCGUGUAUCGUGGAGGAGUAUUAAAAUUGAAAGGGAAAAAACAAUUAUUUAAGUCAAAGAAGAAUACAGAGAAGAAUGCCAAAGCAAGUUCAUCGAAGAUAGACGAGGAUGCUGAGGAAAGAGGCGGUUGGAGAAGAAUAGAAAACGAAGCCGAAUUGAAAGGAGGAAUUGAUAUUGCUAUUGAACAUGGUGAUUUUUCAAAAUGCUAUUUGUCUGCUAUGGACAACGGCAAAUUUACUCUUGGCGCUAGACAUGUCCUCAAAACAGGUUUUGGAAAAUAUGUUGGAUUUGAUUCUGGAGGUUGCCUAAUUGCGACUGCUGACGCUAUAGGUGAUAGAGAACGCUUUGGUGUGGUAUUUCAAGAUGGAAAGUCAGCAUUGCUUGCCCAUAAUGGAUUUUUUCUUUCACUUGCACCGGAUGAUGACGGCUAUGUUUAUGUCAGCUCAAAAACAGCGCAUGCCAAUGAAAUUAUCAACAUUCGAACAAAUACAGAAAAGGAAGGUCCCGUAGAUUGGCUCACUGCUGACGAUAAGAAAAAGGCUGCUGAUUGUGAAACUGCUUAUGUUAAAAUGUAUCAACAUUCGCGAGUUGAGCUCAAAAACAAAUGCAUCAGUUAUAAUGUUGCGGACAAAUCAGAAGUGAAAAGGGCACAGAGGGAAGGUGAUUUACAUGAAACUCUUUUGAAUCGACGAGCGAAAUUAAAAUCGGAUAAGUAUUGCUAA